CGCUGCCCGUCCAGCCUCUCCUCCCCUCCCGCCGCCUUUGGGCUGACGUGUCUGCAGUUCCUCCGCGUCUCCGCGAGUCGGGCCGAGAUGGCGGACGCCUGGGAAGAGAUCAGGCGGUUGGCUGCCGAUUUCCAGCGGGCUCAGUUCGCCGAGGCCACUCAGAGGUUGUCAGAGCGGAACUGCAUUGAGAUUGUGAAUAAAUUGAUUACUCAGAAACAGCUAGAAGUAGUUCACACACUUGAUGGAAAGGAAUAUAUUACUCCAGCCCAAAUUAGUAAAGAAAUGAGAGAUGAGCUACAUGUCCGAGGUGGUCGAGUAAACAUUGUUGAUCUGCAACAGGUAAUUAAUGUGGACCUGACUCAUAUUGAAAAUAGAAUUGGUGACAUUGUUAAAUCAGAAAAGCAUGUUCAGUUAGUGCUGGGACAACUGAUAGAUGAGAACUAUUUGGAUCGGUUAGCAGAAGAAGUAAAUGAUAAAUUGCAAGAAAGUGGUCAGGUAACCAUAUCAGAACUGUGUAAAACCUAUGACCUUCCUGGAAACUUUCUGACACAGGCACUAACUCAUAGACUUGGUAGAAUUAUCAAUGGACAUAUUGAUCUUGAUAACAGAGGAGUGAUUUUCACUGAAGCUUUUGUGGCUCGACAUAAAGCACGCAUUCGUGGACUGUUCAGUGCUAUUACCCGGCCUACAGCAGUGAAUUCUUUGAUUUCAAAAUAUGGAUUUCAGGAGCAGCUUCUUUAUUCUGUACUUGAGGAACUUGUUAAUAGUGGACGCUUACGAGGCACUGUGGUUGGUGGGAGACAGGAUAAAGCAGUGUUUGUCCCCGAAAUCUACUCCAGGACACAGAGUACUUGGGUGGAUUCCUUUUUCAGACAGAAUGGCUACCUAGAAUUUGAUUCUUUGUCCAGACUUGGAAUCCCAGAUGCUGUAAGCUACAUAAAGAAGAGAUUUAAGACUACACAACUCUUGUUUUUGAAAGCAGCUUGUGUGGGUCAAGGACUUGUAGAUCAGGUGGAAGCAUCAGUAGAGGAAGCCAUCAGCUCUGGAACAUGGGUUGAUAUUGCACCUUUGCUGCCCAGUUGUUUAUCAGUUGAAGAUGCUACCAUAUUGCUUCAGCAGGUGAUGAGAGCGUUCAGCAAGCAGCCUUCAGCUGUAGUCUUUAGUGACACUGUUGUAGUCAGUGAAAAAUUUAUAAAUGACUGUACAGAACUCUUCAAUGAACUGAUGCACCAGAAAGCUGAAAAGGAAAUGAAAACUAAUCCUGUGCAUUUAAUCACUGAAGAAGAUCUGAAACAAGUCUCCAUUUUAGAAAGCAUUAGUACAAGUAAAAAGGAUAAAAAAGAUGAGCGAAGAAGGAAAGCAACAGAGGGCAGUGGAAGUGUGAGGGGAGGAGGUGGGAGCAAUGCCAGAGAGUACAAAAUUAAAAAAACCAAGAAGAAAGGAAGAAAAGACGAUGAUAGUGAUGAUGAAUCUCAGUUAUCUCAUGCUGGAAAGAAGAAACCAGAGAUCACUUUUAUGUUCCAGGAUGAGAUUGAAGACUUUUUAAGAAAACACAUACAAGAUGCCCCUGAAGAGUUUAUUUCUGAACUUGCUGAAUACUUAAUAAAACCUCUUAAUAAAACUUAUCUCGAGGUGGUCCGUUCAGUAUUCAUGUCUUCAACUUCUGCUUCUGGAACUGGCAGAAAACGCACAAUCAAGGACUUGCAAGAAGAGGUUUCAAACCUCUACAAUAAUAUUAGAUUAUUUGAAAAAGGGAUGAAGUUUUUUGCAGAUGAUACACAGGCUGCUCUUACCAAGCACUUGCUGAAGACAGUGUGUACUGAUAUCACUAACCUCAUUUUCAACUUCUUAGCUACGGAUUUAAUGAUGGCAGUAGAUGAUCCUGCAACCAUUACAAGUGAAGUAAGAAAAAAAAUUUUAAGUAAAUUGUCAGAAGAAACCAAAUUAGCUCUCACAAAACUCCAUAACUCUCUGAAUGAAAAAAGCAUAGAAGAUUUUCUUUCUUGCCUGGAUUGUGCAGCAGAAGCUUGUGAUAUUAUGGUGAAAAGGGGAGACAAAAAAAGGGAAAGGCAGAUACUGUUUCAACAUCGACAAGCACUUGCUGAACAGCUAAAAGUCACAGAAGACCCUGCUCUUAUUCUGCACCUCACAUCAGUGCUGCUGUUUCAGUUCACAACCCACAGCAUGCUGCAUGCACCUGGAAGAUGUGUCCCGCAGAUCAUUGCUUUUCUUAAUACUAAAAUACCAGAGGAUCAGCAUACUCUUUUGGUAAAGUAUCAAGGUUUGGUUGUAAAGCAGUUAGUUAGUCAAAAUAAGAAGACUGGGCAGGGAGGUGAUCUUUUGAGUGAUGAAUUAGACAAAGAACAAGAAAAUAUCACCAAUACUACUCGUAAAGAGCUUCAAGAACUUUCUUCAUCCAUUAAAGACCUCGUUCUGAAAUCCAGGAAAUCAUCUGUGACAGAAGAGUAAUGAUCUUAAUUUACAUGUGUCAUACCAUAAGCACUUUCCCCAAAAGUUAUAGGUGAGUGGUCACAAAAAAAGUCACUUCACUAUGUCCUACUCCCUGCUAAAACCCUCUCCCCCACAUACAAUUCAGUUAAAAUGGUAGUGUUGUAUUAAAUGUAAAUUUUAUAAAGAUGAGAAUUUUUGUAAAUUGGGUUCUUCAUGGAAAUUUUCUUUUUCACAUUAUUUCACAUAAAUUCUAUGUGAAAUUUUUCACAUAAAUAUUAUUUUCAUGUAAUUAUAAACACUAUACAUUUCGGGUUUAUAUUCUUUCCAGAUGCUGAAUGAAAAAUAAAUUUUCUGAUAUGUUUCACCUCUAGGAAAGGACUCAUUUGUUUUGCUAUUAGAUUUCAAGUGACAUUAUUGUAUUUAUACACAUUUAGGCAGAAAUUGGAAAUGUCAUGUUUUUAAAAAAGAAACACCUCUGGUGUCAGAAAUGAAAAUAAAUCAUGUAUUUUAUUUUUAAAUAAACAGAAUGUAUCAAAACUAAAAUACAGACAUUUUCAAAAUAUAUAUAUAUAUUUUAUUAUUACACCCUUGCUGUUAUUUCUGGCAGAAUAAACUUUUAUGUGGUUGGGGCUACAGGACUUCCUUUACAGGGGCAUAAGAAGACUAGAGGAACCCAUGCAUUGCUGUGCUCUGUUCUAAAACCAGCUGCUAGCAAGAGUGAGAGAAAACAUGCAAUUUAUUGCUAGUAGGUAUAAGUCACAGUUAACAUUGGAGUAACUAAAAAUUUAAUACAAAGAUUUUUCUUUGACCCAGUUUGAAUUUCUAAAUUUCAUUUUUUUAUGUUAGUAGUAGCUCUAUCAUCUAAUACUGUAAAUACCAAUGUGACAAAUAGGCUGCUUUUUCCAGUAGAAGGGUCUGUAAGUGCAUUUAAAUAAUUGGAACCUUUUUUUCUAUAAAUAGAAGCCCUUAUAAAAAAAAAAAUAAGGUAUUUUUGUUUUCUAAUGAUUAGUUAAAAAUGACUAAAAUAGUUCCUUGGGGUAAUCAUUUCAAUCAAAUGAAUUUUAAACAACAGUUUAUUAUUUAUCAAAAAGGAAUUUAAUUAUUUUGAAUAUAAUAGUAAUUGAAAUCUCAGAUAUUUAAGAAAUACUAUUUUAUGUAAUUCCUUACAUGACAUUUAAAACUUUAUAUUCUAAAGUGUUUGAAUACAAAGAUCAGUCUACCUCUACUCCAUUCUAGGCAAAGUAUUAAUCCUAAUUAAUAUAAUUGCAGACUAAGCAUUAUUAUUAAAGUUGAGGAAUAGAAGGUUAAAUUUAAAAAUGUUUUCCCUAAGCUAAUUUUCUAUUAUAUAUUUUCAUAUGAGCAAAGGAAGAAAAAUGACAGAUCUUCUAUGAUCACAUACUCCAGUUUAGUUUUACUUGUUUAUUCAGCUUCCAAAAUUUUGAACACCCAAUCUAUUAAUAUUUUUUAUUAAACAUUUGUUUAAGAACCUUAUCACUUGUGUUUCAGCAGAUACCAAAGUAGCCCUUGUUUGUGUCAAACUAGAUCAUAGAAAAUAAAUAGAAGAGACAAUGAAGCAAAAAAAAGAAAACCAUUGUCUUUACAUUGGUUUUUUCAUUUACCAAAACAAUUCUGAUUUUUCCACAGUAAAUAGAGUUUUUAUUGUUUUUGUUAGUAAAAUUACAUAGCUGAUUUUGUAUGUAAAGGUCUAAUUUCAUUAAUAAAAUAAAAAUUGUUACAUGUUUACUGUAAUCUUAAUGAGCGGGGUUAAAAAUGUUAUUUAAAAUAAAGUUGCCUAUU